AGUUGGUAAUAUUUUAAACCAAAAGCGAAAUUAAGACUUUUUAAAAGUUUCCAAGUGUGAGCCGCCGGAGGGAGCUGUGUGAGCGCUCAGUGCUGGGCCACAGUGUUAAAUGCGGAGUGUGAUGACGAAAGAUAUGGGAUCGUGUUCCCUGGAAGAUUUAUGCUUCCACAUCAAUGCAAAGAUUUCAAAUGUUAAAAAGUGUAUCCAAUUGAGAGACAUAGGUGAAGAUGAAUCCUGCAAGCCCAUGCUCCCUAAAAUACAGAAUAAGGUGCACCUUGUACGUGAUCUCCUGAAUAAAAUGGAAAUUAUAAUUAAACAGCAAGAAAAACUGAAAGAUUUGCUGAAAGAGAUCCAGAAGACUGCUGAGAGGGAUCAAGAAGCAGCACAGCACCUCCUUGAACACAUUCCACCCUACCUGCCUAAACCAUCCAAGAGCUGCAUCACGGUGCCAACUGAGAAACAGGAAGGGCAAAAAAAGGCUGUAGAACCUAAGAAUGCAAAGAAGCCUGCAAAACAGCCAAGAAUCAUUAAAGAAGUGGCACUAAUAACCACAGAGGAGUUUGGAAAUAUUCCUGCGUAUCUGAAAGGCCGUAUCCCAUAUGAUCAGAUUAAUGCAGUUGUUCAACAGAUAAACAAGGCCGUGGAGGGCAAGUACAAGAUCUUGCAUCAGCCUUUGAAGUCUAUGAGUGUACCAGUCAGAAAUCUCUACCACAGGUUCAUGGAAGAAGAAACUAAGGAUACAAAAGGAGCGUUUUUUAUUGUGGAGGCUGAUAUCAGGGAGUUCACUCAGCUGAAGCUGGACAAGCGCUUCCACAGCAUCCUGAGCAUCCUGCGGCACUGCCAGAGAGUGAGGGAGCUCCGCAGCUCGGGGCUCAUCCGCUACAUCGUCUGCUGACCGGCUCCCCCGCGCCUGCCUGCCCGGGAGAGAGACGCUGCCCCCGCCUUCCUGCGCCCAGGCAGCGGCACGGAGGCACAGGGACUGCUCCCAGGGGUGGUGCUUGAAUGCUUGAGUUUUGUUUGGUGAGCUCGAGGGGAGCUACAGACCCGAGCCAGAAAGGCAGCUGGGCACAGGCAGCUAGUCACAUUUUCUGAACGUGAAAGUAAAGCUCCCUGCAUGUUGACAGUGCUGCUUUGGUCCUUUAUUGUUUCUGAGUGUUGGAGGUUAGGAUUUUUCCUUUUUAU